UUGAAGAGAGCUGUAAAAUAAGUGUGCUGUGCAGUUUGCCAGAUCUCACAGUAAUGUUACUCAAUCAACCAGAUAAGCAAACGUUUAGGGUGGUCGAAUGUAUAGUACCGUGACUAGGUAGCUAGAUGUUGCAGAGCUCGCUGAUGCAAAGCUACAUUUUAAUGGUAGGACGAAGUUUUGUUUCAGGCCGGGGGCCGCUUUAAGCAGUCUGUGACAUUUGGACUAGUUUGACAAGCCACGGCACUGGCACUGUGCUGAUACUGACUGGACUGGAAUAAUUUGUUUUGACUUCAUCUCUCUCCACAACGGCCUAGCGAAGGAUCCUCUUUUAUAACGCUAAAGAAGAUAAACAUGAGCUUUCUAUUUGGCAAUCGGUCUUCCAAGACCUUCAAGCCCAAGAAGAACAUCCCAGAGGGAUCUCACCAGUAUGAGCUGUUGAAACAUGCCGAGGCGACACUGGGCAGUGGGAACUUACGCAUGGCUGUCAUGCUGCCCGAUGGGGAAGACUUGAACGAGUGGGUGGCUGUCAACACUGUAGAUUUCUUCAACCAGAUCAACAUGCUCUAUGGUACCAUAACAGACUUCUGCACUGAAGAGAGCUGUCCUGUCAUGUCUGCUGGGCCCAAAUAUGAGUAUCAUUGGGCAGAUGGAACCAACAUCAAAAAGCCGAUCAAAUGCUCAGCUCCCAAGUACAUUGAUUACCUAAUGACCUGGGUGCAGGACCAGCUCGAUGACGAGACACUCUUCCCAUCUAAGAUAGGUGUCCCGUUCAAGCGAAACUUCAUGUCAGUGGCUAAGACCAUCCUGAAGCGCCUGUUCAGGGUCUACGCCCACAUCUACCACCAGCACUUUGACUCUGUGAUGCAGCUGCAGGAGGAGGCCCACCUAAACACCUCGUUCAAACACUUCAUCUUCUUCGUUCAGGAGUUUAACUUGAUUGACAGGAAAGAGCUGGUCCCACUACAGGAUUUGAUUGAGAAGCUGACCACCAAGGACAGAUAAACCCAGGCUGACUGAUCAUUUUAACUCUGUGAUAGUCUACUAUUCUUUUUGCACAGAUACCCCUUCUGCCCUGCCCUGGCCUAUAUGUAUACAGCAUACGCUAACUUUGCGAACAUGUUCUCUAGAAAGCCAGGUAAGUAAGGAAGAGUCUUGCACUGUUAUAGGCACUAGGGUAAUACUGUGGGGGAGUUCUAUACUACUGUCUGAGCCGGUAUGUGCUCUAUAGUUGGAUGUACUCUGUUUUUAAUUAGGACGCAUCGCUAAAACUGAAAUAACUAUGUAUUGACAUCCUCUGUUUGUUGUUUAUUUACAGUACCAGUCAAAAGUUUGGACACACCUACUCAUUCAAGGGUUUGUCUUUAUUUUUACUAUUUUCUACAUUGUAUAAUAAUAGUGCAGACAUCAACUAUGAAAUAACACAUGGAAUCAUGUAGUAACCAAAAAAGUGUUAAACAAAUCAAAAUAUAUUUAAUUUGAGAUUCUUCAAAAUAGUUACCCUUUGCCUUGAUGACAGCUUUGCACACUCUUGGCAUUCUCUCAACCAACUUCAUGAGGUAGUCACCUGGAAUGCAUUUCAAUUCACAGGUGUGCCUUGUUAAAAGUUAAUUGGUGGAAUUUCCUUAUUGCGUUUGAGCCAAUCAGUUGUGUUGUGAUAAGGUAGGGGUGGUAUACAGAAUAUAGCCCUAUUUGGUAAAAGACCAAGUCCAUAUUAUGGCAAGAACAGCUCAAAUAAGUAAAUAGAAACGACAGUCCAUCAUUACUUUAAAACAUGUAGGUCAGUCAAUCCGGAAAAUUUCAAGUCGCAGGCGCAAAAACCAUCAAGUGCUAUGGUGAAACUGGCUCCAUUGAGGACCGCCACAGGAAAGGAAGACCCAGCGUUAUCUGCUGCAGAGGAUAAGUUCAUUAGAGUUACCAGCCUCAGAAAUUGUAGCCCAAAUAAAUGCUUCAGAGUUUAAGUAACAGACACAUCUCACCAUCAACUGUUCAGAGGAGACUGGUCGAAUUGCUACAAAGAAACCACUACUAAAGGACACCAAUAAGAGUAGGUGAACGGAUUAUCUACGCAUGUGUGGUUCCCGCCGUGAAGUAUUUAGGAGGAGGUGUGAUGUGUGGGGGUGCUUUUCGGUCGACACUGAUUUAUUUAGAAUUCAAGACACACUUAACCGGCAUGGCUACUGCAGCUAAAUGCCAUCUCCUCUGGUUUGCGUGUAGUGGGACGAUCAUUUGUUUUUCAACAGUACAAUGACCCAUAACACACUUCCAGGCUCUGUAAGGGCUAUUUGACCAAGUAGGAGAGUGAUGGAGUGCUGCAUCAGAUGACCUGGCCUCCACAACCACCCGACCUCAACCCAAUUGAGAUGGUUUCGGAUGAGUUGGACCGCAGAGUGAAGGAAAAGCAGACAAGUGCUCAGCAUAUGUGGGUAUUCCUUCAAGACUGUUGGACAAGCAUUCCUCAUGAAGCUGGUUGAGAGAAUGCCAAGAGUGUGCAAUGCUGUCAAGGAAAAGGGUGGCUACUUUGAAGAAUCUCAAAUAUAAAAUAUACUUGGGUUUGUUUAACACUUUUUUGCUGUUGUGGUUACUACAUGAUUCCAAGUGUUUUUUUCAUAGUUUUGAUUUCUUCUAUUAUUCUACAAUGUAGAAAAUAGUACAAAUAAAGAAAAACCCUGGAAUGAGUAGGUGUGUCAACUUUUGACUGGCACUGUAUAUUAACAUUUAUCAUCUGCUCGUAUUGAAGUUCACCACUACAGAUUGCACAUUUUAAACAGAGGGUAUAAAAUUUCAAGGGACUACAUAAGUAUUUGAGCAUAUUGGUCACAUUGUGAUUUGCCUCAAAACAUAUGGUCAUUUUGUAAAAGUCUGUUUUCAAUACAAUACUGGUAAUCCAGUAAAUUGCCAAAGCUUUAUUUGAUGGGCCGCGUACAGUAUACAAGUAAAAUAUUGUCUUUGAGAUCAAGAGUGCCAUAUUUAUAGCCUGGUUUCUCAUGUUCUCCCCAUAGAAUGUUCUGGCUAAUAAGCCAUCAAAUGAAAUAUAACAGCACAUUCAGUGCUAUAUGCUUCUGUUUCAAUAGUGUGGUGAUUCCCUAUGCCUUUUGUAAGGUCUGAGUAUUGUAUUGCUGUUCUGCGGACUGCUGAGGGAUGGAAUCCAAAAUGAAAAUGUUUACUAUGCAAUAAGUCAUGCCACUCUUCAAAGUUUCAAUGAUUACUAGUUUCCAUUCAUUCAGAUGGGAACAAAUGCUUUUCUUUCUGUGUGUUACUCAUAGUUAGUGGUGUUACUUUAAAGUGGUAGAUGUUGGGACUGAGGCGUUGCUUCGGAUGACUUCAAUAUAGAUCGACUACAGUAUGCAGUAAGACAUGAAAGCAACGGAAUGCUUUGUUAAAAUGCCAUUUUAACUUGACAUCUUUUCAGGAAGAUUUGAUAUGGAGAUGUAACUAGCUUCUGUUCAGAAAUCCACACUGUAAAUACAACAAUAAGGCCAGAAAUUUGCUGUGAUAUCAUAUUUUGGUAGCCGGCAUGGACUGGUAGUUGUAGGUCUAUUAAAGAAUUUAGAAUGUUAUUAGGUCUCUUUUAGAGGUUGUUUCUUCUCCCCUUUCCACCAUGUCAUAGUCCUUUCUUCCUUAUAUCAUUGCGUUAAAUUUGUUUAUUUAGAUUUAUAGCUUUAGAAAAUUACAAUUUAAUGUGAGUGUGUUGAUCAUAAGGUGGUGGCAACAAAGCCGUCUGGCAUGCUUCUCUGGGAACAUUGCAGCAGAAUUUGAUCCUCUGUCUAUACUCUUCCUUCAGAAAGUAUUCAUACCCCUUAACUUAUUCCACAUUUUGUUGUGUUACAUCCUGAAUUCAAAAUGGAUUAAAAAAAUAUAUAUACUAAUUCUCACCCAUCUACACACACUACCUAAUAAUGAAAAAAUUUUUUGCAAAUGAAAUAUCUCAUUUACAUAAGUAUUCACACCCCAGAGGCAAUACUUUGUAGAAGCACCUUUGGUAGUGGUUACAGCUGUGAGUUUUUCUGGGUAAGUCUAAGUGCUUUCCACACCUGGAUUGUGCAACAUUUGCCCACUUUUAUUGUUUUCUAAAUUCUUUAAGGACAUUGCUAGACAACAACUUUCAGGUCUCGCCAUAUUUUUUUUCAUUUAGAUUUAAGUCUGCCACUUAGGAACAUUCAAUGUCAUCUUGGUAGGCAACUCCAGUGUAGAUUUGGCUUUGUGUUUUAGGUUAUUGUCCUGCUGAAAGGUGAAUUAUUUUUUUAUUUAACUAAGCAAAUUAAGAACACAUUCUUAUUUACAUUGAUGGCCUACCCAAACCCUAACGUCGCUGGGCCAAUUGUGUGCCGCCCUAUGGGACUCCCAAUCACGGCCGGUUGUGAUACAGCCUGGAAUCGAACCAGGGUCUGUAGUGACGCCUCAAGCACUGAGAUGCAGUGCCUUAGACUGCUGCGCCACUUGGGAGCCCUCUCCCAGUGUCUGGUCAAAAGCAGACUGAACCAGGUUUGCCUCUAGGGUUUUGCCUGUGCUUAGCUCCAUUCUGUUUUUUUUUUUUAUCCUGAAAAACUCCCCAGUCCUUAACGAUUACAAGUAUACCCAUAGCAUGAUGCAGCCACCACUAUGCUUGAAAAUAUGGAGAGUGGUACUCAGUAAUGUGUUGUAUUGGAUUUACCCCAAACAUAACAGUUUGUAUUCAAGACAAAAAGUGAAUUGCUUUGCCACAUUUUUUGCAGUAUUACUUUAGUGCCUCGUAAACAGGAUGCAUGUUUUGGAAUAUUUGUCUUUACAGGCUUCCUUUUCAAUCUGUCAGUUAGGUUCGUAUUGUGGAGUAACUACAAUGCUGUUGAUCCAUCCUCAGUUUUUUUUCCCCCCCUAUCUCAGCCAUUAACUCUGUUUUAAAGUCACCAUUGGCCUCAUGGUGAAAUCCCUGAGUGGUCUCCUACCUCUCCGGCAGCUGAGUUAGGAAGAAUGCCUGUAUUUUGUAGUGACUGGGUGUAUUGCUACACCAUCCAAAGUGUAAUUAAUAACUUCACCAUGCUCAAAGGGCUAUUUAAUGUUUUUUUUUUAUAGCCAUCUACCAAUAGGUGCCCUUUGCGGUGCAUUGGAAAACCUCCCUGGUCUUUGUGGUUGAAUCUGUCUUUGAAAUUCACUGCUUGACUGAGGGACCUUACAGGUAAUUGUAUGCAUGUGGUACAGAGAAGAGGUAGUCAUUCAAAAAUCAUGUUAAACACUUAUUGCACACAGUGAGUCCAUGCAACUUAUGUGAUUUGUUAGGCACAUUUUUACUCCUGAACUAAUUUAGGCUUGCCAUAACAAAGGCGAUAAAUACUUAUGACUCAAGACAAUAAGUAUUCAACUUUUCAUUUGUAAAACUUUUGAAAAACAUAUUUCCACUUUGAUAUUAUGGGGUAUUGUGUGUAGGCCAGUGAAACAAAAUCUCAAUUUAAUCCUUUUUAAAUUCUGUCUGUAACACAACAAAAUGUGGGAAAAGUCAAGGGGUGCAAAUACUUUCUGAAGGCACAGUAUAUUCCCCUUACUGUAAUAUAUAAUCUUUUGAUAAAUUAGUUGUAAAUAAUGAAUUUGAUUAUGGUGUUGAAAGUUACUGAACUGUAAUAUACUGAAUGCUGUUUAAGGCAAAUGAAGGUGUUUGACCAGAUUGCCUAGUUUGUCUCACUUUUGUGGAAAAUAAAGUAGACUUAUAGCAUA